AUGCCCCAGUUGAGUACAUCAUGCCUAUUUCACAAUCACCAUGUUAGCAUCGACUUGUAUUGUCAUCAGCAAUAUAGAUUGUUUCUGGGUGAUGUUAUAGAGAAUGGUUCUAAGGCUGUUGAUGCAGAGGACGGUAAUGGAAACAGUGAAGAUGGUGAUGGUGAUGGUGAUGAUGACGGAGGGGAAGGUGAAGAAGGUGGUGCGGAUGAUGCAGAAGGAAAGGAGACCAAGAAAGGAUCCGCGCUUCAGCCGCCAAAGAAGAGGAAGAAGUGA